AUGCAAAACGAAUCGUUGAUUCGCAUAAGACAAAUUCGUUAUGCCGCGUUCGAGUUAGUGGAGCCGAAAUGUCGGAUAUAUUUCGCGCAUUUCGUGGUCGUUUAA